AUGUCAUUCGCAGCAUACGUAGAGGGAGAAGAAGAAAAUGAUUGCUUUAUGGUCUUGCCACGACGUGGUGGUAGUUUGAAAGGCAGGCGUUUCGUCGUUGACACGAUUCACAUCUCGUGCAAAUCAGAUCCAUACCGAGGAGGUUGUUUCAUGUACGGAGGAAUCAUAAUCUACGGCCGCGAAGGAGAAGGAGAUUGGUACACGGCAAAUGGAACACACGGCAAAAGUGGAUAUGUUGUUAUCAUGCAAACUGACACCGAAGAAUUUAAAGAGCUACAGAAAAAAUGGCCGAACGAACCGAGAAAAGUCCACGGCAUCAUAUACAGAAGAGCUUUCGGGGAAUCAUGCAAAAAGGUGAACGUGGUCGGUGAAGGAUUUGGAAUCAUGAAUGGUGAGUUUAAGACCAUUUCAGGCGCUUUCAAUCCUACUCACGGCGACGAUUAUCACUCGGAUGACAGCUGGGAAAUGCAUCCACAUUCAACAAAGUGCGUGAGAAAAGUGGUCGAAUGGUGGAAGAAAGCUGGAUAUAACUUCCUCGAAUGCCAGAAUCAUUCGGUUAAAAGUCUCUUGUCUUCUGACAAUGACUAA